AUGGAAGGACUGGGCGUCGUGUACGAGCAAGAAGAGCCCGCGCCGGUCGAGACCGCACACAGUACGAGCGGCCACCCGACGGAAGCUGCCAGUCACGAGGGCGGCCGAGACAGUGGCAAUGGCCGUGAAGAGGACGACGGGGAGGAGGAGGACGACGACGACGAGGAGAUCCGCGCGCUGUCGGGUAAUCCAAACGAGUUGGACGUGCAGCACGAGGCCCGAGGGCCGACUUCGAGCCAGCAACAGCAGCAGCAGCAGCAACAGUACCAGCAGCAGCAGCAACAGCAGCAGUAUCAACAGCAGCAGCAGCAGCACGAGACGAGGGAGUACGGCGACUAUGGGCAGAGCAGUGGGCAGCAGCCGCAGCAGAUGGAGCAGCACAGUGGCUACGACCGGAACGGCGGCGGGACGCAGCCAGGAAAGCUGUUUAUUGGCGGUGUGUCGUGGGAGACGACGGAAGACACGUUGCGUCAGCACUUUGGCAAGUACGGCGUGCUCACGGACGCGGCGUUGAUGAAGGACAAGUACACGGGUCAGCCCCGGGGCUUUGGGUUCGUGACGUUUGCGGACGCAUUAGCGAUCGACCGUGUGCUGGAGGAGACACAUACGCUGGACGGCCGGUCAGUCGAAGUGAAGCGCGCGAUCCCGAGGGAGAAGACGGCACCCGGUGCUAGCGAAUUCCGCGGCGGGGGACGUGGCGGAUACAGCAGUGGCGGCGGUGGCGGCGGCUAUAUCGAGCAAAAGAAGAUCUUCGUGGGUGGUUUGGCCCCCACUGUGACCGAGCAAGACUUUCGCCACUACUUUGAAGAGUUUGGCAAGACGACGGAUGCUGUGGUGAUGAUCGACCGCGACACGCAGCGCUCUCGCGGGUUUGGCUUUAUCACAUUUGAGGAAGAGUCGUCGGUAGCAGAAGUGAUUAGCAAGAGCCAUGAGAUUCAUGGCAAGACUGUCGAGAUCAAGCGAGCAGAGCCGAAGGAAGCUCGUAGUGGAGGCGGCGGUAGCAGCUACGGAGGGGGUCGUGGUCGCGGCGGCGGUGGUGGCGGCUGGCGAGGUGGAGGUCGUGGCGGAGGUGGCGGCAGUGGUGGCGGCAGUGGUGGCUAUGGCGGUGGCGGCUACAGCGGUGGCGGCUACAGCGGUGGCGGCUACAGCGGUGGCUAUGGUGGCGGCUAUGGCGGUGGCUACGGCGCAGGCUACGGCGCUGCUGCCUAUGGAGCCGGUGGCUAUGGAGCCGGUGGCUAUGGAGGAUAUCCGCAGUCGUACCCUGGCUACGGCUACGGCGCGUAUGGAGGCGGUCGGGGUGGCUACGGCUACGGUGGCUAUGGAGGCUACGGUGGCUAUGGUGAAAGCGGUGGCGCUGCAGCUGGAGGGGCUGAUGGCGAAGGUGGUGAAGGCGGCGCCAGCGCAGAAGGAGGAGGAUUCAGCGGAGACGGAGCGGCUCAAGGCGGACCUCCUGCUGGCUAUGGAUAUGGCGGUGGCUACCGUCAAGGAGGAGGCUCUGGUGGAGGCCAAGGGGGCUCUGGUGGACGGUCGGAUCGAUACCGCCCGUACUGA